AUCAAAGGAUCACUUUUCCAUGCUAUUCUGACAAGUCGUCGUCGUCUUCUUCUUCUUGAAUCUUGAGGCAGAGGCAUAGCCAUGGCCUUCAACAUAACCUCCAUCAAAACGUCGUCGGAUGGAGCCUGGCAGGGCGAUAAUCCCUUGGACUACGCAUUCCCGCUUCUCAUCAUCCAAACAACCUUGAUCCUCCUCGUUAGCCGCUCUCUCGCCUUCCUCCUCAAGCCCCUCCGCCAGCCCAAGGUCAUCGCUGAGAUCGUCGGAGGAAUCGUACUGGGCCCCUCGGCUUUUGGAAGGAACGAAACCUACAUGCACCGUGUGUUCCCUUCAUGGAGCACUCCCAUACUUGAAUCCGUUGCCAGCAUCGGUCUUCUCUUCUUCCUCUUUCUCGUUGGACUCGAGUUGGACCUCAACUCCAUUCGCCGCUGUGGUCGAAGAGCUCUUAGCAUUGCGGUGGCCGGAAUUUCCCUUCCUUUCGUUUGUGGCUUCGGCGUUUCCAUCAUUAUCCGGAAAACCGUCGACGGAGCCGGUAAGGUCGGUUUCGCUCAAUUUCUUGUCUUCAUGGGCGUCGCGCUUUCCAUCACCGCAUUCCCUGUGCUCGCUCGUAUCCUAGCCGAGCUCAAGCUGCUGACCACCCACGUUGGAGAGACUGCAAUGGCCGCCGCAGCAUUCAACGAUGUCGCAGCAUGGAUCUUGCUCGCGCUAGCCGUCGCUCUCGCGGGGGACGCCGGGAACCAGAAGAGCCCUUUGGUAUCGGUCUGGGUCUUGCUAUCGGGGCUUGGUUUUGUGAUAUUCAUGAUGGUCGCGAUCCGACCUGUAAUGAAAUGGGUGGCCCGAAGGUGCUCGUCGGAGCACGACGCGGUGGACGAAGUUUAUAUUUGCUUGACACUGGCAGGAGUGAUGAUUUCAGGAUUCAUGACGGACCUCAUUGGGAUCCACUCCAUAUUCGGGGCCUUUGUGUUCGGGUUAACCAUUCCAAAGGGCGGUGAUUUCGCAGACAGGUUAAUAGAAAGGAUCGAGGACUUUAUUUCUGGCUUGCUUCUUCCUCUGUAUUUUGCUUCUAGUGGAUUGAAGACGGACGUGGCGAAAAUCAGAGGCGCAGAAGCAUGGGGGCUUCUGGUUCUGGUGGUAUCGACAGCCUGCGCCGGCAAGAUACUGGGCACGUUCGUGGUGGCAGUACUGUGUAGGAUGCCGGCGAGAGAGGCUCUGACUUUGGGUGUGCUCAUGAACACCAAAGGACUGGUGGAGCUCAUCGUACUCAACAUUGGGAAGGAAAAAAAGGUUCUAAACGACGAGAUGUUCGCAAUCUUAGUCCUCAUGGCUCUGUUCACCACCUUCAUCACAACUCCAACAGUCAUGGCCAUCUACAAACCCGCUCGUGGCAUCUCCUCCCGCACCCACCGCAAGCUCGGCGACCUCACCGCCGACUCCAAUAACGACGUCUCCGAUCAGCUCCGAGUCCUCGCCUGCGUCCAUGGCCCCGGCAACGUCCCUUCCAUCAUCAGCCUCAUCGAGUCCACUCGCAGCACCAAGAAGUCCUCCCUCAAGCUCUUCAUCAUGCACCUCGUGGAGCUCACCGAACGCUCUUCCUCCAUUAUCAUGGCUCAACGAGCUCGCAAGAAUGGCUUCCCUUUCUUCAGCCAUUACCACGGCGCCUACUGGCACGACCCGCUGGCCGGGGCUUUCCAGGCCUAUAGCCAACUGGGCCGAGUCUCCGUUCGGCCAACGACCGCCAUCUCCUCUCUGGCCACCAUGCACGAGGACAUUUGCCACGUGGCCGAGGAAAAGAGGGUGACCAUGAUCAUCUUGCCCUUCCACAAGCAAUGGAGGAAGGUGGAGCAGGAGGAUGAGGACAAAAGGAGUCAUUCUCACGAGAUUAUGGGGAAUGUGGGCCAUGCGUGGAGAGGCGUGAACCAGAGAGUGCUGAGGAACGCGCCUUGCUCUGUGGGGGUCCUGGUGGACCGUGGGUUUGGGGACGGGUACAAAACUCCAGGCCCAAAUGUAAGCAUGGCCCAAAAUGUUUGUAUCGUGUUCUUUGGUGGGCCCGAUGAUCGAGAGGCCUUGGAAUUGGGCUCAAGAAUGGCCGAACAUCCGGUGGUUAAGGUUACGGUGGUGAGGUUCGUUGACCCGGAGUGGGAUGCCUCCAGAAGUAGCGAACUCGUGCUCCGCCAUUCACCGAAGAACAGCAGCGACAAUAUCUACAGCUUCUCCACCGCCAAAAUGAACCGUCAAACGGAGCAGGAGUUGGAUGAGGCGGCGGUGGCGGAGUUCAGAAGCAAAUGGGAAGGAGUGGCGGUGUACGUGGAGAAGGUGGGGAGCAGCAUAGUGGAGGAAGUGAUGGCGAUAGGGAGGGGCGGGGGUUACGAUCUGAUAGUGGUGGGGAAGGGGAGGUUUCCUUCGAGGAUGGUGGCGGGGCUGGCGGAGAGGCAAGCGGAGCACGCGGAGUUAGGGCCGAUAGGGGACAUUCUGGCGUCGUCGGGGAACGGGGUGGAGGCCUCAGUGCUGGUGGUUCAGCAACAUGACGUGGCACUGGCAGAUGAGGCCCCCCUGUCCAAGUCCUCCGGCGAGCUGAAAGGCCAGCACCAUCAGGAUUCUUCCAGUAGCGGUAAUGCCAAAGAAUCAUCAGUAGCAAACCACAAUGAUAUAGUGUAAUGAAUUAAACGGCAUGCAAGUCUCAAGUCAACACUCGCACGCCAUUGUACGUAGCGGUCAGUAUAUUGGGAAGAUUGUUGGUACCAUUUAGUA